AUGGCAAUCCGAUCUGCCUGGUGGAUGCGGGAGCCAGCAACUGGUCGGACGGGCGGUGAAAGCAGGUAUCUUAAUGCAACGACACAUCAUCUGCACCCACAUCAGAGCUGGCCGAACCAAGGCUCAAACGGACUAGCAUUCAAGGAGCUUGAGCGAUUUCUCCGCGAAAACCCCGGAACCCAUUGCUCUGUUUGUAGACUGUCUUACAGCUACGACGCUAGCAAAAAGAGGGCAAAGUGGGGCCGGGACAGGCAGGCCAGAUCUUCGGUAGAGUUAGAGGCACUCUUACUGGAGCAGCGGCCCGAGGAAACAUACUGUGCGUUAUAUAUCGUAUCCAGUCUUUCAGCAGAAGCCCUCCAGAUGCUUGGCUUUCAUCUCAAUAUCACACCUCGCUUUUUCAACUUCGCCUAUACAAUUCUGAGUACUGGUGUGCCAGUAAAUGAUUUUGUCUUUUUCGGUCUCCAGGUCAUGGAAAGAUAUGGCCAUAACAAUCUUCCUACAGAAGCCAAGCGCAGCAGCAAUUCUCCGAAGAUGACUUUCCGUACCAAGAGCGGCCAGUCAAGCCAUACCUGGCAUGUGACGCGGAUCAAUGUGGUGUUCAUAAGAAUUCCCCUGGAAAGGCCGCGUUAUAAUGGAGUGAUAGUAUUUGACCCUGCCGACCAGGCUUUCGUAGAAGCGCUUCUUGCACUUGCCGCAAAUGUCGAGGAGGAGCUCCCGGGGCUUGAAGAGCAUAAACUUGGGCUGUGCGAUAUUCUAACCAAGAACCAAAAGUGCGUAGAAGAGGAGCUCUCGCCCGAUGACCAGCUCAUCUACACCCGUGAGUUACAUAGACUGGUGCCGCUGUUUGGCGAAUCGCGUCGACGCAUCCUCGCGGUGAAAGACACAAUUCAGCAAAUGCUGGGCCAUCCCUUCUUCACCAGCGUCAACGCCCACCAGUCAAUGACCGCGUACCUUCAUAAGACAACGGCUGCGCUAGAUGAUUAUAAGACACGGUCGCUUGAGCUCUCGGAACAGACUAAUAACUUGAUCAGCCUGAUUUUCAACAUCGCAACGCUUCAGGAUACUCGAGUCGCUGUGGAAGAGAGCCACGCAGCGAACGUAUUGGCGGCGAGCAUCCGCCGCGUCACGGUCCUAACCUUCAUUUACCUACCAUUAAUGCUUUCAGCAGUAUGUGGUUGGCUGCCGUCCCUCGUCUUUCCACCCAAGAGCUAA